UCGACCGACGACGAACGAGACGAUUUCAGUUUGAACGAGAAGGAGCCACGCGGAACGUGAAUCGCGGUUCAGGGAGCCUUUUUUCCCAUAGAAAACAUUUACAACUAACAACCGACACCUCAACUGGUUCAAUCUUCACAGACAAAGUGGAAGAAAAGGGGAACGACUGGAUUGUUACAAAAUGAAGCGUACAGUGAAUUGUGAGUGACCUAGUGAGUGGACAUUUUUUUUAGCUCCCCAUGCUUUAUCUUUGUCGUCUGGGGGGGGUGUAGAAAAAGGCAUCCCGAAUGCCUUGGUGAUUCUAAUAUACUCGGGAACGGGUCUUUUUCUCAAUUGGAGCAACUUGUCUAAGAGAGCUACCAACAUCUGAAAAAUAGGACUGACUCACUUUGACACUUUCGAUGCAAGAAAUGCAACAUGCGAUGGUGUUCGGGCCCCGAGAUGUGCUCCAAUUUGUUCCAAGAUAAGUUGUAAAUGUCUUCCUUCGUCCGUGGAACAUGACCAAGAGAGAGUGUAUCGUUGAAGGAACCGCCAGUUUGUGUUUCCCCAAAUUGAUCGUGACCUUUGAGGAUCCCAUUUCAAGCCAGACCUUUGGAAGCACGUUGGAACUUGAGUGGAUCUGAGAAACGGAUUGGAAUUCUUGGGCAUGCUUGGCACGUGGUUCCCCCGAAGAGACCUGCAUUUUGAGUCGAGUUGGAAGUGAUUUGUCAAGCAUUGGGUCGGUUCAACUGAUUCUCAAGAUCCAAGAUCCAAGAUCUGAGAGUUAUCCUUGGGAACCGUGGCUCGUUGGAGCGUCUGCCCUUUUUAAUACUUCUCACGACGCUGACGACCAUUUCAUGAGGAACCCUAAGAGCAUCAGCACACGGUCCAUUGACCUAUUUCCCUCUCAUUCUGAAAUAGUGAAAGACUCGUCAGUCCCAUCUAUGGGAACGUCCCCAAAGGCGCUGGAUCUGAGCUGAGCUGAUCUUGAAGCACCCUGUUGGAUUAAUAAUAGAUCUUCCAACUCCAACUCCAAUUCCAGCCCAGCUCGUCGUAUUCCUCUGUGAUCAUUAUCAUCAUGUUCCAAAUUGUGGACUUUUUGUGGUUCUUAGCUUUUUUGGAGUUUGCCUCGGUUCCAUUAGGGGCCGUGCCCAGAGCAAAAACACUAACUAAUGACCAAAAGAGACACCAACAACAGGAUCGAGGUUGGGGCAUGUGGCACAAGCAGCAAGAGGAGUUGGUCAAUCAGCUCCAGGAGCGUGAUUUCCAGAUCCAAAAAGACUUUCAUCAGCCCACGGGUACCCUGGUCACCUCCACGGAGAUGCCCGUGCCCUCUUUCAAAUUGGAAUCCAAUACCAGUGUUGUCAUAUCCGCCGGACAAACGGCUUACCUCCAUUGUCUGAUCCAAAAUCUGGGGGAUCGAAGCGUUUCCUGGAUCCGGAGAAGUGAUUUGAUGGUGCUAACCAUCGGAGAGAUAGCCUACACCCAAGAUAAGCGUUUCACACCCAUCCACGAGAAUGGCUCUGAGGUUUGGAUCUUGAAGAUCAAGAGCCCGGAAGUGGAUGACACCGGCGAAUAUGAGUGCCAACUUUCUUACCACGAAGAUGAGGAGCAGCGAUACUCAUUAGCGUUCUCUCUCAAAGUGCUAAAUUCCCGUGCCUACAUUCAAGACGACCGCGACCUUCAUGUGGAGAAGGGCAGUCGUCUGAGUUUAAGUUGUUCCAUUUUGGAACCCUCGGCUCCGCCCGAUUAUGUGCUCUGGUAUCACGACGGCAAGGUCCUAAACUACUCGCCUCUGGUGAACAUACUCACAGACACAAGCCAAGCAGCAGUCACCCGAGGAGCCAGAGGAGGCACUUCGGACUCCUCAUCAUCGCCCAGUGAAACAAGUGGGACGUUUGAGGCUCGUCCUCGAGCUGACAUGAAACGUCAACGAAGCCUCAAGGACACAAAUGGAGGUGAUGAUGAGAAUGAUGGGACGACGGCGAAGAGAGAUGUUGAUGGGAAUAGCCAUCCCGGUGAUUCAAAUGAGCCUCAAACCAGCGUCAUGGAUACAAAUAAAGCCAAUGAGAAGACCACAUCCCGUCACAAUGGCAGUGUUGGCGGCGUGGUCUCCAAGCUCUCCAUUGACAACGUUCGUCGCGCCCUUCAUUCGGGCAAUUACACUUGUGAGCCGUCAAAUGCUCGAGCAGCCUCGAUCACCGUGCAUAUUGUGGAUGAUGAUUCCGGUCCAGCAGCCAUGCAACAUGGGAACGGGUCCAGGGCCACAUUUCCAGGAUGCUACCAAGGAAUGUUGUUCCACUGGAGAACCAUUCUUCUAAUUCUGGUCCUAUCUUGGUCACGCUAACUGAGCCUCAAGAACAUUCUUGACAUAUCCGAAUCAGGGUUCCAAGCCAUGGAAGCCAAUUCCACGCCCAAAACUUUUUAAUAAGAACAGACUAGACAUUAUCGUCACACUGUCGACUAACAAAAAACUGCAUAUUCGUUCUCGAGUGACAUUAUUAUUGAACUGCUGCUCCUAAUUUGUGCGGCAUGACAAGCGAAAAGUACCGACACGUUUAAAUAAAUAUGUUCUACGUAGUUGACCUCCAAGAUUCAAGUCACAAAUGUAAACACUAUAACUACAACAGGUAACUAGUGAAAAUAUAUUCCUAUAUCCAAACAA